AUGGAAAUUCAAUUAUUAAAAAGAUUGAAGUCUGAUAUACAAUUGCAACUAAAGUGGCUAACUUAAACUAGAUUUAAUGCCAUAAUAAUUAUGAAGUCUUAAUGCAAAUACUUGUAAGCCAGCGUUCGCGCCCUUGAAAUGUUAUAUUCAAAUUCAAUAUCAACACCUUAUUUUUAUUAAAAAUUAUAAGAAUAUGAAACAUUAACUUUUAAUUUUGAAUUUAAAAGAGAUAGAAUAUUGAAAGCUAAAUAAGCUUUGCUUGGUGCUAUGUUGAAAACAGAAGAAAAGAUAGAUGAUCCCAAAACAGCGGUGUAAUUUAUUACUUUAGUUGAAAAUUUGGUUGCCUUUGCUGAAACUCAUUAUAUUUCGAUAAAAGAGUUUUCCAGAGUGAUGCAUUAAUAAUUAAAUGAAAAACUAGAAGUGAAAAUAGAGAUCAAUAAAAUAAAUGAACAUCUAGUGACAUUGAAUAAACUUUAAUUGUAGAAUAGACAAAUGCUUCUAAAACUUCCCUUAGAUCAGAUGAAAUAAGAAGAAGAGGAUACAAAUCAUAAAGAUGAAGAAGAAGAAUCGGAAGAAAUAUAGGAAUCUACCAAUUAAUAAGUGGAAGAUGUUUAAUAAAUUGAAUAAAUAAUAUAAAAUCAAACCCCUCAAUAGAUUGAAAUAGAAUAAAAAGAUGAAAAUAUAAAGAGCCCUAUCAAAAUUGAGGAUAUGUAAGAAUCAGAAAAUUAGGUUGAUGAUCAAAUUCAGAAGGAGUAACUAAUUUAGUAAACUUAAAAAAUUAAACCUGACAUAUCGGUAAUAAAAGUAACAGAGAAAAUGGCAGUAAAUUAGUUUUAAAUUUAAGAAACUAUAAGCAAUGGUAUAUGA